UUAAACGUCUAUAUGGCCAGUGAAACGCCCCUCAUUAACAUUAAUAGCUACGCACUGACUGCAUAAAGAAAAGGACGGCCAAUUUUGAAAAGCUAAAAACCGAAAUUUAAGUCAAUGUGACACUGACGUUCCUUUUGGUGAAGUUGAAGCAUGUUGUUAAACGCACUUUAACGCAAGUUUGUGCGCCGGAGCUCCACCCCUUUAUAACCGAUCUGCAGGAAGGGGCGUCCCUCUUGAGUAGUGAUGUCGCUGACUGGAGGGUGAAACACAAGCAAGACGGGAUGAGCCAGAAGUCUAGCUUGACGUGUGUCCAUGGCAACCGCAGUAGCUACACCGGGUCCGGUCAUCUCCCGGCGCCUACCGUUACCUUUCCUGGAAGAUAACAGCUGGGGGCACGACCAAAGCAACUUAUUGGGAAAUAAAAGAGAAGUAAAUGUCGCCGAGUUGUUUUAGAAAGUCAUGACGCCCUCUCAGAGAGCCCGGUACGGAUGCGAAGCGGCACGUAACGCUAAAUGGAGAACUGCAGCUCCUCUGGCCCCCUUGCUGAAGCGUGGUGGCGGCGCACCCCAGUCACGGCCCAUUCACUCCCAACCUGUGGGACAGGUUCACAGGCCCCACUUCCCUCCUCCUCCUCACCUCCCUCUCUUCCAUACCCGCCAUGCAGAGGAGAGCGGCGAGAGGCCCCAUCUGGUCACCAUCGUCCGCCCCUGUGGUCAAAGUACACUACGCAAGGUAACGGUCCUCUUGAACCGUAGAGGUGUGGUGUCCUUCGAGCAGCUGCUAUUGGAUAUCUCUGAGGCAUUGGGGUUUCCUCGCUGGCACAGAGCCAGAGUCACACGCCUGUACACGACCCAUGCACGAGAGGUAAAAGGUAUAUGUGAUUUCUUCCGAGGCGAGGUGGCCUUUCUGGCGCUGGGGAAGGCUCGUCCAGAGCUGAGCAGUGUGCAGGAAGCCCUGGAGGAGCUGUUUCCAGAUCAUUCCCACUACCGGACUGAUGCGCUGCGGGCCUGGGAGAAAAGACUUCGUCCGGUGCCAGACAAAGCAGCUAAGGCCGACAGCGGAUACAGUGAGGGGACGGACAACGGCGAGUCACACGCUAACCAAGAGACACACCAGGACACAAAUACACAUCAUACUAACAAACACACAAUGACACAGCCGCCUCAACACAUAGACACACACCAGCCUGAAGAUUAUAACUCAGAUGGUCAGAAGAGUCAUAAAAAGAAUUCAUGCCGAAAACCUGCUCACCUCCCCAACCACCUGCAGAGACUGCGUGUGAGGGGUGAGGUAAGAGAGCGACAGCCUUCUGUCAUUGGUCCAUUUAAACAUGAGGAAGCUCUUAGAGAAGCAUACAUACCCUCUCCUAUACUGUGUGAGAACUGCUUAGCAAGGACAGCUAAACAUCAGGGUCCAGAACGGCUCAAUCCACUGUCAGGGAGGGUCCCACUUCCUCCUGUGUCGAGGAAGCAAAAAGGAAGUUCUUACACAGAACAGGAAGUGAGGAAAUUGUGCGUUCAUAUCACCCCUCCACCUCCUCCUUCAAUCAGCAGAGAUGAGGAGGAGAGUGUUGCCCAGCUGCAACUUUCAGAUCCACUUCCAGAUGUGGGUCACAGACACAAGGACAUACAGCAGAGGACAACCUUUGACCUUACACUUUCCAUAAUCCAACUCUUGCUUUCUGUCUUUGUUCUUCCAUCCCUGUCCUCCUCUCCCCCUGCUUCAGCUCCUCUGGCCCCCUUGCUGAAGCGUGGUGGCGGCGCACCCCAGUCACGGCCCAUUCACUCCCAACCUGUGGGACAGGUUCACAGGCCCCACUUCCCUCCUCCUCCUCACCUCCCUCUCUUCCAUACCCGCCAUGCAGAGGAGAGCGGCGAGAGGCCCCAUCUGGUCACCAUCGUCCGCCCCUGUGGUCAAAGUACACUACGCAAGGUAACGGUCCUCUUGAACCGUAGAGGUGUGGUGUCCUUCGAGCAGCUGCUAUUGGAUAUCUCUGAGGCAUUGGGGUUUCCUCGCUGGCACAGAGCCAGAGUCACACGCCUGUACACGACCCAUGCACGAGAGGUAAAAGGUAUAUGUGAUUUCUUCCGAGGCGAGGUGGCCUUUCUGGCGCUGGGGAAGGCUCGUCCAGAGCUGAGCAGUGUGCAGGAAGCCCUGGAGGAGCUGUUUCCAGAUCAUUCCCACUACCGGACUGAUGCGCUGCGGGCCUGGGAGAAAAGACUUCGUCCGGUGCCAGACAAAGCAGCUAAGGCCGACAGCGGAUACAGUGAGGGGACGGACAACGGCGAGUCACACGCUAACCAAGAGACACACCAGGACACAAAUACACAUCAUACUAACAAACACACAAUGACACAGCCGCCUCAACACAUAGACACACACCAGCCUGAAGAUUAUAACUCAGAUGGUCAGAAGAGUCAUAAAAAGAAUUCAUGCCGAAAACCUGCUCACCUCCCCAACCACCUGCAGAGACUGCGUGUGAGGGGUGAGGUAAGAGAGCGACAGCCUUCUGUCAUUGGUCCAUUUAAACAUGAGGAAGCUCUUAGAGAAGCAUACAUACCCUCUCCUAUACUGUGUGAGAACUGCUUAGCAAGGACAGCUAAACAUCAGGGUCCAGAACGGCUCAAUCCACUGUCAGGGAGGGUCCCACUUCCUCCUGUGUCGAGGAAGCAAAAAGGAAGUUCUUACACAGAACAGGAAGUGAGGAAAUUGUGCGUUCAUAUCACCCCUCCACCUCCUCCUUCAAUCAGCAGAGAUGAGGAGGAGAGUGUUGCCCAGCUGCAACUUUCAGAUCCACUUCCAGAUGUGGGUCACAGACACAAGGACAUACAGCAGAGGACAACCUUUGACCUUCCCUCGGACGGCCGUGAUGUCACCAUGGCAGAUGUUGAACGUUGCUAUGAUAUUGGACGUGUGGUUGGAGAUGGCAACUUUGCGGUAGUGCGAGAGUGCCGGCGUCGGGACAAUGGGCAAACCCUUGCCGUGAAGAUUGUCGAACGCUCCAAGCUGAUUGGUCGAGAGCACAUGAUGCAGAAUGAGCUGAGCCUUCUGGGCAGCCUCUGUCACCCUCGCAUAGUGCGGCUGUUUGCGCACCACCACACACGUACUCACUCCUAUCUGGUGAUGGAGCUGGUGAGCGGGGGGGAUCUGUUUGAGGCCAUCAGUGAGAGGGGGAAGUUUUCAGAGGCAGAGGCGGGACUGAUGGUGUCAGAUGUGAGUGAAGCACUGAAUUACAUCCACUGCAAAAGUAUCGUCCACAGAGACCUCAAACCAGAAAACCUACUGAUAGAGUAUGUGGCUGCUGGCAUCUGCAGGCUGAAACUGGGAGACUUUGGUCUUGCCAUGGUUGUGACUGAACCAGUCUUCACCAUAUGUGGCACACCCACGUAUGUAGCCCCAGAGAUUCUCCAUGAGACAGGUUAUGGUGUUUCAGUGGAUGUAUGGGCUCUGGGUGUUAUUCUCUAUGUCCUGCUGUGUGGAUUCCCCCCAUUUCGCAGCCGGGAUCGGGACCAGGAAGAGCUGUUCCAGCUAAUAAAACAGGGACAACUCAAUUUCCUGUCCCCCUACUGGGACCCCAUCUCAGAAGAAGCCAGAGGCCUUGUCAGAGCUCUAAUUCAGCCAGAUCCCACAGUGAGGCUGACAGCGGAGCAGACCUUGCUGCAUCCCUGGGUGAAGGCUAUGGCUUCCAUUUGCAGGCAGAGGGCGCUCACAGACAAAACUCAGAGGAACCCCACAAAUACUGGAGCAGAACCAGACACAGUCCAGAUGCUAGCUCAGACCAAUGCAACAGAAACAAUCACAGACAAAACACCAGCACACACCAGUAGCGAGGGAGAAAACACAUAUAAAGAGCUCAGCAGGCAGGACGAGAGACACACUGAGUUGAACACAGGAAGAGGACCAGAUGACAAACCACCACAGCUACAAUCAAAAGAGACCAGUACAAUUUACACCAUAUCUCCACAACUCAAAGUGCACACACCUUUAGAGGCCACAUCUGGUCAACAGAGACCAGAGUGCACCUCUACAGACUCAUCCAGCAGGGGGGGCAGCAGGCGAGAAACACAGGAUCCAGGUCCCAAGCUGUCAAACACAGACUGUGACCCUGGCAGCCCUGCCAGCCCGAGUGUUGAACUCAAUCAGCUCGGUGCCCCCGCAGCCCAAACUGAGCUUCCAUCCCAGACACAGUCAAAACAAAACUGCCAACAGCAGUCACCUUCAUAUUCACCACCUUCAACCAAUCAGGCACAACAAACCACAGCGGGUCACUCGAUGCAACACCUCCCAUCCUCCAACCCAGCAGCAGCUUCUUCAUCUCACUCGCUCCAUCAGCAGAACUUCCCCUUUCCCCUGCACAACCCUCCCACAACCACCGCCCAAAACCACCCAGCCGAAAACAAUGACGAGCCGAACGUCCACAGCACCACCACCCUCCCACCCACACAGUAGUCUUGACCUUACUGUCAAUCUCCUGUUUAACCGUGUGAUUAGAUCAGGGUCAUCACUUUCAUUGUUCCGGACGAUACCACUGAUUUCUGUAGAAAUCAGAACGACCUGCAGAUGAUGUGAUUUACUCUGUCAGGAUUAAAUAGGGUUCUAAAUGAUGAGGCUAGAUAAAAUCUAAUAAAUGUGUGUAAUCCAUGUACCCUACAGUCAUAAACUGAUCAUGAGAUGUGGUGUAAUGACCGAGGCAUGUGUACAGCUAGGAUUGCAAGAGGAGGAUGGGAUGAAGCACUGUGAAUACGAUGUUGAAAUUACUGGAAUAGAGUUGAUCAAGUAGGACCUCAAUUUGGUUAUAAACAUAUUUGUAGUUUGUCAUUGUUUCUAAUGUUGUAGCAUAUUCAUAAAAUUCUUUUUAGUAUAUUUCUGGAGUGUUUUUGUUUUGGUUGUUCCUAUAUUUGUUUCUGCAAAUAAUGUUUAACCUUGAGGAUGAUAUGUUGUCAUGUCUGCCAUUCCUUGUGUAAGCUAUUUUUGACUACUUGCAACAGUGACCCAUCCUCCUUUAAUACCCCUAGAAGUCCAUUCUUUAAAAGUAUUAUGUGCUAGGGUCAUUUAACUAGCGACAUUUGUUUACUAUAUGUUCAUCUGUUCAAAUCUGUAUCAAGAAUUUUUCAUCUUAUACCUAGUAAAGGUUUGCCAUAUUUACUAAAUUCUUAACGCCA